AUGCCUGAAGAGGGAGUAGAGUCGCUACUGGCACACCUAAACAGCGUUCACCCGAAGAUCACCUUCACCGUGGAAUGUGAGCAGAACGGGGUUCAUCCUUUCUUGGAUGUGUUGGUGAGACGUGAACAUUACGGUCGGUUGUCUUAUGCGGUGUAUCGGAAACCAAUGAACGUGGAUAGAUACCUGAGAGCAGAUUCACAUCACCACUCGGCACAUUUAGCCUCAGUUCCGCGGACGCUCAUUAAUAGAGCUUUGAAACUUUGCGACCUGGAUUACAUAGAUGCUGAGCUAAAUCAUGUGAAGGAUGUGUUGGUUGGUAACGGUUACAAGUAG